AUGGGAGCGGUUUAUAACAUAUACUUAGUAUUUUGUGUCUACCUGUUCUUGUCUAAAUCUUCCUCUCUCUCCUUAUCUUGUAAAUUACGGAGACAAUUUCAUCUCAAUGGGUUGCACAAGGCUGGCGAUGUGGUUUUUGGUGGGGUGUUAAAGAUCCACUACAUCUCAGUCUUCCCUGAGAAUAAAUUCACUUCAGAACCACAAGAUCCCACCUGUGAAGGCUUUAACACUCAGGGCUUCAGGCAGGCCAUGACAAUGGUCUUUGCUGUUGAUGAGAUAAACAGAAACUCCAAUCUGCUACCUAAUGUGACUCUGGGAUACAGUCUUUAUGAUGACUGUGGUGCACUUGUAACUGGAUUUCGUGCUGCUUUGGUGCUGGCCAGUGGUCAAGAGGAGCAGUUUCUGCUGAAGGAAAACUGUUCAGGGACCCCAUCAGUUGUUGGGAUUGUGGGGGAUGCCUAUUCAACAGUUUCUAUAGCCAUCUCGAGUGUGCUGGGUUUAUUCAGAUUGCCCAUGGUGAGUCAUUUUGCCACAUGUUCCUGCCUGAGUGAUAGGCAACGAUUUCCAUCCUUCUUUAGAACAAUCCCAAGUGAUGCAUUCCAGGUGCGUGCCAUGAUUCAGAUUCUGAAACACUUUGGCUGGACUUGGGUCGGCCUUCUGGUCAGUGAUGAUGACUAUGGACUCAAUGUUGCCCGAUCCUUUCCGUCUGACCUGGCUCAGUCUGGUGGAGGUUGUCUGGCAUACUCAGAGGUUUUGCCCUGGGACAGUGACUCAAAUAAACUCAGGAAGAUUGUACAUUUGAUAAAGACAUCAACAGCUCGUGUGGUCAUGGUGUUUGCUCAUGACGGCCACAUGUAUGAACUAAUGGAAGAGGUGGUGAGGCAGAAUGUGACAGACCGGCAAUGGAUAGCAAGUGAAGCCUGGACAACAGAUACUGCACUCCAGAUGCCCCAUCUCAUGCCCUAUUUGAGAGGCACUCUGGGCAUUGCCAUCCGUCGAGGAGAAAUAGCAGGACUAAGAGAUUUCUUCUUACGAAUACGUCCUGACCAAAAUUACAACAAUAUCUAUGGAAAUAGCAUGGUGACACAGUUUUGGGAAUACACGUUUCAGUGUAGAUUUGCACCACCUCCAGCAGGUUGGAUGGAAACCGGGGGAACACUAUGCACUGGACAGGAGGAUAUUGAAAAUGCGGAGACCGCGUUUUUAGAUGUUUCUAACCUCAGGUCUGAGUACAAUGUGUACAAGGCUGUUUAUGCUCUGGCGUAUGCUCUUGAUGACAUGCUGCACUGUGUACCAGGAAGAGGGCCUUUUAGCAGGAACAGCUGUGCCACUCUGCAAACAAUGGAACCAUGGCAGGUUGUACAUUACUUGCAAACAGUCAACUUCACCACACCACUUGGUGAUGAAGUGUCAUUUGAUGACAAUGGUGAUGUCUUACCAAUAUAUGAUGUCAUGAACUGGCUGUGGCUCCCUGAUGGACGAACAAAGAUUCAGAAUGUGGGUGAGGUUAAAGAGUCAGCCGAAGGUGAAGAACUCAAACUUGAUGAAGACAAAAUCUUCUGGAACUUUGAAUUUAAAGAGCCCCCCCGGUCAGUGUGCAGUGAGAACUGUCCUCCAGGUACCCGCAUGGCCAGAAAGAAAGGGCAACCUGAGUGCUGCUUUGACUGCAUCCCUUGUUCUGAGGGAAAGAUCAGCAAUAAGACUGACUCCAUGGAGUGCACCAGUUGUCCAGAGGACUUCUGGUCCAGCCCCCAGCGUGACUACUGUGUUCCUAAGAAAACUGAGUUCCUCUCCUACCAUGAGCCUCUGGGUAUCUGCCUGACAACUGCCUCAUUGUUGGGCACAUUUAUCUGUGCUAUUGUUCUGAAAAUCUUCAUCUAUCAUCGCAGUACACCCAUGGUACGCGCCAACAAUUCAGAGCUGAGUUUCCUGCUCUUGGUGUCUCUUAAACUAUGUUUCCUUUGCUCACAGCUGUUUAUGGUUCGCCCAAGUCUCUGGACAUGCCAACUGAGACAUGCAGCAUUUGGGAUCAGCUUUGUGCUUUGUGUCUCAUGUAUUCUGGUCAAAACCAUGGUGGUUCUAGCUGUGUUCAAGGCCUCCAAACCAGGAGGUGGAGCCAGUCUGAAGUGGUUUGGUGCUAUGCAGCAGAGAGGAACAGUUCUGUUUCUUACUUCUAUUCAGGCAGCGAUCUGUACUGCUUGGCUUGUCUCUGCUUCACCAGCUCCUCAUAAAAACACUCAAUACCACAAUGACAAGAUAGUUUAUGAAUGUGUAGUCGGGUCCACAGUUGGUUUUGCAGUAUUACUUGGCUAUAUUGGCUUACUGGCUAUCCUCAGCUUCCUGUUAGCAUUUCUGGCAAGGAAUCUUCCAGACAACUUCAAUGAGGCCAAACUCAUCACUUUCAGCAUGCUGAUCUUCUGUGCUGUGUGGGUGGCCUUUAUUCCUGCUUAUGUCAACUCUCCAGGCAAAUAUGCAGAUGCAGUGGAGGUAUUUGCCAUCCUGGCCUCCAGUUUUGGUCUCUUGAUGGCUCUGUUUGGUCCCAAAUGUUACAUAAUUCUACUGAGACCAGAGAGGAACACAAAGAAAGCAAUCAUGGGUCGGGGAACCGCAAAGUCAUAAAACACUCAAAUUCAUCAAUAGAAAAGGAGUGCUUGUUGUAGUUGUGCUCCUUGUAUAUAAUAUAGUAUCUUAACAUUACUAAUAUUAAUUGUUUGAAAACUCUGAAGAAUCUCAUCAUAGUGUACCCACAACGGCAGUAGUCCCCUUGGCCCCUUCAGAAUUUCCCCAGAGGAAAUUUUCUAGUUGAAUAUUAUUAUAUUAACAUCCUUACACUGAUGCUUAGUUUAAGUGUAUACUCUGAUAUCCUCUAUGAAAUAUUUUACCAGUUAUCAUUGUCUUUAAGGUGAGCGUGAGACAACUGUUUUUUAGCAGAAACACAAAUAUGGCACAUACUGAAAUAAGCAGAAAUUAAGCACAGGUCAAGCUAUCCUGGUAA